CCUAGGCCAUCAUCCUGUCUCCUCAACCGGUGCUGCCAUGGGCAUCCAAGGUCUUCUUCCGCUGCUCAAGUCAAUACAUAAGCCAUGCUCGCUGAAACACUUCUCCGGCCAAACAUUGGCUGUUGACGCCUACGGCUGGCUACACCGUGGCACAAUCGCGUGUGCCAUUGACCUGGCCCAAGGCAAGCCCACCAGAAAGUGGCUGGACUUUGUAAUGCACCGAGUUCGCAUGCUUCAACACUUCAACGUUACCCCAUAUCUUGUCUUUGAUGGCGACUACUUGCCUAGCAAAUCCGGGACCGAGGUUGAUCGCGCUGCACGUCGCAGAGAGAGCAAGAUCAAAGGUCUGGAGUUCUUGCGCCUGGGAAAAGGCGCUCAGGCUCAGGCUGAGCUACAGAAGAGCAUCGAUGUGACUCCCGAAAUGGCUCGCCAACUUAUCGACGAACUGAAGAGACUCGAUCUCCCCUACCUCGUCGCUCCCUACGAAGCAGACUCGCAGAUGGUUUAUUUGGAACGCCGUGGUCUGGUUCAUGGCAUCGUUUCUGAGGAUUCCGACCUCCUGGUUUUCGGCGCGCGCUGUCUACUCACCAAGCUCGAUCAGUACGGGGAAUGUAUCAUGAUUAACCGGGACGAUUUCACCUCGUGUCGCGAUAUCAGUCUCGUCGGCUGGUCCGAUGCCGACUUCAGGCUCAUGGCCAUAUUGAAUGGUUGUGAUUAUCUGGCCGGAAUCGAGAAGAUGGGCCUCAAGACUGCACAUCGCAUGAUUCGCAAGCACAAGACACUUGAUCGCAUUAUUCGCUCUGCCCAGUUCGAAGGCAAGAUCAAGGUACCUCCUGGCUAUCUGGACGCUUUUGCUAGAGCAGAAGCCACUUUUUUGUAUCAAUGGGUCUAUUGCCCUCAGUCUCGUGGUUUGGUCAACUUUAGCGAACCCGCUUCCGACAUCGACCUCGCUCAAUUUCCAUGCAUUGGCAAGCAUGUCGAAGCCAGCAUUGCAACUGCUGUGGCUGUUGGUGAUCUGCAUCCUCACACCAAGCAACCUCUCUGUCCGUCGAGGCUACCACGGAACCCAUUCCAGCCUAAUUCUCGCAAUCGCGCCCAGGUUCUUCAGACGCCGGACCUGAAGAAACACAAGUCCAUUGACAGUUUCUUCAAACCCCAGCGUACACCCUUGGCUGAGCUCGAUCCAAACAGCUUCACUCCCUCGCCCAGUCAACAAUGCCUCUUGCAGCGAAGUCCGGCUUCCUGGUCCGCUGAGCCCACCCGCCGUCCAUCACUACUUUCACGCACAGCAUCUGCCGUACAGGCUCCACCACAGGCCUUGCGGUCCUUCACCGAUGUACUUCAGCCCAGACCCAAUUCGCCGAAACGUCAACGACUGUGCUCGGAUGGCUUUUACACGCCACCCGUGUCGACACCCGCCGAGCGUGUAGAAUCUGGGACGAGCAAGUUUUUCAAGCUCGGCAAAGCUCGCAAAAGCCCUACGCCUCAAAAAGCAAACAGCAGCACCUCGAAAGAUGAAUUCAACCUGUGGUCUGACGACUCGGUCGAGCAGGCCAUGAAUUCCUUGCCGGACACUGCGGUCUCGGGCGCAGCAAGACCAUCAAGGAAGCUAUCAAUUUUUGAGGACACUAAAACAUCAGCCCCAUACACUGUAAAGGAUGAGACGCCUUUCACAUCUGGCCUGGCAAGCGAGAUGCAGUCGUUACGGACCAGGUUCUCUUACCAGUCUACUGCCGCCAAUGAUGAUGAUGCGACAGUCUCGUCUUCGACCCUCAAGGACUCGAAGCGGAAAAGAAGUGUGACAGAAGGCAUAGUCCUUUGUUCAUCGCCAGUGAGGGAGCUGAACAGCAGCAAAGUCCCGCAAUGUGAGGAUACGAGUGAUGAUAUCAACGAGGCGGAUUGGCUCGCUGCAGAGUCGCAACCCCUGAGUCGUGGCUCGGGAGCCAACACGCAAUCCAGUGGCGGAAGCAAGCCACACUUCUCGCAGGGCAGCGAAGAUCUGCUAGUGCCGGAUAGUGAAGGGGAGGAAGAAGACGAAGAGGAGCAAGGCACACCUCGCAGGCCCAGCUUUCCUCUCAAUCUCGAGAGAUUUGCAUUUGCGGGCUGAGCGUACUUUUGAUCGGCGUGUAGUGUUUUGAAGUUUGGUUGGACGGCAAGAGUCAAAUUAGCAUCUGCAUUUGUAGCGUGGUUAGCAUUCAUUGAGUCACGCAUGCAUAGCUCGGAGUUAUGGUUUCAAAAUCUCAAAUCACGGA